AUGUUAUAUGAAGACAAGCCAUUUGGAGAGUUAACUGUGAAUCCAAAUAACAAGAAGAGGAUUGCGUAUUUCUACGACAGCGACGUUGGUAACUAUUCCUAUGGGUCAGCGCACCCAAUGAAACCACAUCGUAUUAGAAUGGCACAUUCGUUGAUUAUGAAUUAUGGAUUGUACAAGUCGAUGGAGAUAUACAGGGCAAAGCCAGCAACGAGGCAAGAAAUGACACAAUUCCAUACUGACGAAUAUGUUGAUUUCCUUGCUCGGGUCACGCCCGACAAUUUGGAUAUGUUCAACAAGGAGCAACUUAAGUUCAAUGUUGGGGAUGAUUGUCCAGUUUUCGAUGGACUAUUUGAAUACUGUUCUAUAUCUGGAGGUGGCUCGAUGGAGGGGGCAGCCAGAUUGAAUAGGGGGAAAUGUGAUGUUGCAAUCAACUAUGCCGGUGGGUUACAUCAUGCGAAGAAGAGUGAAGCCAGUGGAUUUUGCUAUGUGAAUGAUAUCGUAUUGGGUAUAUUAGAGUUGCUAAGGUAUCAUCCAAGAGUUCUCUACAUUGAUAUUGAUGUUCACCAUGGUGAUGGUGUUGAGGAAGCGUUUUAUACAACCGACAGGGUGAUGACAGUAUCGUUCCAUAAAUAUGGAGAGUUUUUCCCAGGUACCGGGGAGUUGAGGGAUAUUGGUGUUGGUAAAGGUAAAUACCAUGCUGUCAAUGUUCCACUAAGGGACGGAAUUGAUGACCAAACUUACAAGAAUUUGUUUGAGCCUAUAAUCAAGAGAGUCAUUGAUUGGUAUCAACCAAGUGCAGUUGUGUUGCAAUGUGGAGGAGACUCAUUAUCAGGAGAUCGAUUGGGGUGUUUCAAUCUAUCGAUGAAGGGGCAUGCCAAUUGUGUAAACUAUCUCAAGUCCUUUGGCUUGCCCUUGAUGAUUGUUGGUGGGGGAGGAUACACCAUGAGAAACGUAGCACGUACCUGGUCCUUUGAGACCGGGUUGUUGAAUGAGAAGAUUUUGGGACCUGAGAUACCAUUCAAUGAUUACUUUGAAUAUUAUGGUCCGGACUACAAGAUGGAAGUCCGCCCAAGUAACAUGCACAAUGCUAACACUCCCGAAUACUUGAAUAGGAUAAUGACUGAGAUUUUCACCAACUUGGACAAUGCAAAACAUACGCCCUCAGUGCAGAUGCACGAUGUACCAAGAGACAUGGCUGAUUUUGAGGAUGAUGUUGACCAAGACACAAAAGAAGCCAUUGAUACACGUGGUGGCAGUCUGAAGGAGCGUGACGAGAGAAUCAUUCCUGACAAUGAGUUUUACGAUGACGAUGAAGACGCCCGGAAGGUGAAGAAUACGAUCUUGAGAGAAGAUUUUAAGUAG